GAGAGAGAGAGAGAAAAGGAAAAUACAAGGAAAGAAUUCACAGUGAACAAGAGUAAUAGAAGAAACUUCCACCCUCUAAAUGAAAGUGAUAUUGCCACACACAGAAACCAUUAACAGAAAAGCUUACAUAAAGCAGAAAAAAGGAGGCCUUGGGUUUUCCUUUUCCCUUUCUUUUCUUUUCUUCCUGCCUCUGCUAAGCAUCUUUUUCUUCACUUUUUUCACCUCUCCUCUCAUUCCUUCCUUCCUCUUGGAAUUUUUUUUUACUUGAGUUUCCCUUUGCUUUUGCUUCCCACCAUCAUUUCCUUGUCUUGCUCACCUAUAAUUUGCUUCAUGUUCUGCUGAAUUUUUGAUGGUUCUCCUCUCUGGCAUUGUUUGUUUAAUCAGAAAAAGUUGCAUUGCUUUUCUUCUUGGUUUCUCAGAUUGAUUUCCCUAAUUGUGUAUCUCUCUUUUGCUGUGAAAAUCCCUUUGGAAUUUGAUUCUGGGAUUGACUUCAUUCAAUGAUCCUUUCUGGGUUUUUCUUGAUCAAUUCAGUUCUGCUUUAAGAAUUCCCUCCCUUGAAUAUAUUCUGUGUGAAUUUUGUUUCAUGAGCGCCAAGUUCUUGAAUUUAGUCUCACUUUCACCUUCCUAAUUGUCUAAAAAUUCACUGUUUUUUCUUUUUUCACUCAUCAUACUUUGUGAGCUGUGUGAUCUUCAUUGUUAAUUCUUGCAAAUAAACUUUUUCUUCUGUUUGUUGGGUUUGUGAUUCAUGGGACUCUGUCAUGGAAAACCCACAGAAAACCCAAAAGCCCAAUCGCAAGAUUCCACAAUUCCCAGUGAAAGUGAGCCUUAUGCACUCAAUUCCCACUCCACCAAAUCCUCAAACUUUCCCUUUUACAGCCCAAGUCCAUUGCCAAGUCUCUUCAAGAACUCCCCUGCCAACUCCAGCGUGAGUUCGACGCCUCUGCGCAUUUUUAAGCGACCUUUCCCGCCUCCCUCUCCGGCGAAACACAUUCGGGCAUUGCUUGCUCGCAGGCAUGGCUCUGUUAAGCCCAAUGAAGCCUCAAUCCCUGAAGGAAGUGAGUGUGACGUUGCCUUGGAUAAGAAUUUCGGGUUUUCUAAACAGUUUGUAGCUCAUUAUGAGCUUGGCGAUGAAGUGGGGCGUGGGCAUUUUGGGUAUACUUGCUCUGCCAAGGCCAAGAAGGGGAGCUUGAAGGGCCAGGAUGUGGCUGUCAAGGUUAUUCCAAAGUCAAAGAUGACAACGGCAAUUGCUAUAGAGGAUGUAAGAAGAGAAGUGAAGAUCCUACGGGCACUAACACAUAAGAACCUAGUGCAGUUCUAUGAAGCCUAUGAAGAUGAUGACAAUGUUUAUGUGGUGAUGGAGUUGUGCAAAGGAGGUGAACUAUUGGAUAGCAUACUUUCAAGGGGUGGCAAAUAUUCAGAAGAUGAUGCAAAGGCUGUUAUGGUUCAGAUUUUAAGUGUAACUGCCUACUGCCAUCUCCAAGGCGUGGUUCACCGCGAUCUCAAGCCAGAGAAUUUCCUUUUCACUUCAAGUGAUGAGAAGUCCCCCCUGAAGGCCAUUGAUUUCGGACUCUCUGACUAUGUAAAACCAGAUGAGAGACUGAAUGAUAUUGUAGGAAGUGCAUACUAUGUAGCUCCUGAAGUUCUACACAGGUCAUAUGGGACAGAGGCAGACAUGUGGAGUAUUGGUGUAAUUGCUUAUAUCCUUUUGUGUGGAAGCCGACCCUUUUGGGCCCGGACUGAGUCUGGCAUCUUCCGAGCUGUACUAAAGGCUGAUCCAAGCUUUGAUGAAGCUCCUUGGCCUUCUCUAUCAUCUGAUGCGAGAGAUUUUGUAAAGAGACUGCUGAACAAGGAUUACCGUAAGAGGCUAACCGCGUCUCAGGCUUUGUGUCACCCAUGGUUAGCCAACUGUCACGAGGUCAAGAUACCGAUGGAUAUGAUAGUGUACAAACUUGUUAAAGCUUAUAUAUGCUCAUCUGCUCUACGAAAAUCAGCAUUAGGGACUCUUGCAAAGACAUUAAGUGUAGCACAGCUGGCUUAUCUCCGGGACCAAUUUACACUGUUAGGGCCAAAUAAAAGUGGAUUCAUCUCUAUGCAGAACUUCAAGACGGGUGUAAUAAGGAACUCAACUGAUGCCAUGAAAGAUUCACGGGUUCUAGAUUAUGUCAACAUGAUCAGCUCUAUCCGAUAUAGAAAGCUGGAUUUUGAAGAAUUUUGUGCAGCUGCCAUAAGUGUGCAUCAGCUGGAAGGGAUGGAGAGCUGGGAGCAACAUGCAAGACGAGCAUAUGAGCUGUUUGAGAAGGAUGGAAACAGACCAAUUAUGAUAGAGGAACUUGCCUCGGAAUUGGGGCUUAGCCCAUCUGUACCAGUUCACGUUGUUCUCCAGGACUGGAUAAGACACUCGGAUGGAAAACUUAGUUUUCUGGGGUUUGUUAGACUACUACAUGGAGUUUCUUCACGCACAUUUCAGAAGGCUUAAACUAGAACUGGUCUACAUGCAGUUUUGAUACCUCCAUCCUUACUCUCGAGGACUUGGAAUGCCCCAAGGGAACAAAAUGUGUGCUUAAUUGGAGAACUUCAUUUUGUUUUGGUCCCUAGGAGGGUCUGCAGUGCAUGCUCAUGUCAAUUUUUUUAAAUUACUUUUUCUCCUCCCUGUUAAGUUAUAUAAGGUUUUUCCUUCCCUUUCUUCUCUUCUCUCCAUGAUUGGUGCUGUUGAAGUUUAGAGGAUUGUACAGGUGAGAGUAGAUCACAGAAUGUGUGUAGGAUUACCGAUUACAGAAGUGUUCUAAACUGGAGUGAGUUUUGUGGUC